GCCAACAUUUUUGCUUAUGCGGGCGCCAAUUAAAACGGCAACUAACUAAAAUACAAGCGAAAUUCUUAAAUCGCAGUUCAAAAGCGCUUCUUAGGAGCGUGUGAGUUGGUCGUUCCCUCUGUCCAGACCUGAGACCAAAAUCAUAGGGAAAUACAUCAUCAUCAACAACAACAGCAAAAACAGCAAUACAAAAACUACAGUAACAUCAUCCGAAGGAAACUUUACGUCAUUUUGUCUGUCAUUUCAAUCCACUAGUCGUGCCGCCUGUGGAAGCCAGGCGUUGCCAUCCACAUAAAAGCAACAGAGCGAGAGAGAGAGAAAAGUGAUCUUUUGGGUGUGUGUGCUGUUUCUCUGUGUGUGCGUGCGUUAGAGGCAGCACUCUUCUCCCACCUGCAGUUCUGGGCAGCCACUGAUACCGAAGAUCGGACAAAGAGAAAUAACUAGAGAAAGCACACGGCAAGAUGUUCAUCGAAGAUGAUGCGCAAAUGGACAGCUUCUGGGUGCAGAGCGCAAUUGGGGCGAUCAAGGCGAUCGCUUUCGUGUACGAUAUCAUCACCCUGCCGGUCUACUUGGUCCUGCAAAAGCCAUGGACACGCCGACAGGACUCGCGACGAGUGAAGGCAAAGCCCAUUAACCAGAAAAUGUUGGUCGAUGAGUCCAAGUACGCGCCGGAUGAUAUUGAGGCUAAGAUUAUCAAGAACGAUGAACACGAGCUGACAUACCGGACCACGGAUCCGCCUCGCGAUGUGCACGUGAAAAUGCUGCAGGAGAACAUCGACACCCUGGAGAAGGUCUUCAACUAUGUGGCCAAGACGCACUCGAAUAAGCGCUGUCUGGGCACGCGGCAGAUCCUCAGCGAGGAGGACGAGGUACAGCCAAACGGACGUGUCUUCAAGAAGUACAACAUGGGCGACUACAAGUGGCGGACCUUCACCGAGGCGGAGCGGCAGGCGGCCAACUUUGGGCGUGGCCUGCGAGAGCUGGGACAGCAGCCGCGUGAAAACAUUGUAAUUUUUGCAGAGACCCGUGCCGAGUGGAUGGUGGCCGCCCAUGGAUGCUUCAAGCAAGCCAUGCCCAUUGUCACCGUCUACGCCACCCUGGGAGACGAUGGUGUGGCCCACUGCAUCAGCGAAACGGAAGUCACCACGGUUAUCACCUCGCACGAUUUGCUGCCCAAGUUCAAGACCCUGCUGGCCCAGUGCCCCAAUGUGAACACCAUCAUCUACAUGGAGGACCAGCUGCACAAGACGGAGACCACUGGCUUUAAGGAGGGCGUCAAGAUUUUGCCAUUCAACCAGGUCGUCAAAAUAGGACAGGAAAGCAAAUUUGAGAGCGUGCCACCCAAGGGCGAUGAUAUUGCCAUUAUUAUGUACACUUCCGGAUCGACUGGCACACCGAAGGGUGUUUUGCUGUCGCACAAGAACUGCAUUGCCACAAUGAAGGGCUUCGUCGAUAUGGUGCCCAUCUAUCCGGAUGAUGUGCUGAUUGGCUUCCUGCCGCUGGCUCAUGUCUUCGAACUGGUGGCGGAGAGUCUCUGCCUGAUGACUGGCGUUUCCAUUGGCUACUCGACGCCGCUGACUCUCAUCGAUACGAGCAGCAAGAUCAGGCGAGGCUGCAUGGGCGAUGCCAGUGUCCUGAAGCCCACAUGCAUGACUUCGGUGCCACUGAUACUCGAUCGCAUCUCCAAGGGCAUCAACGACAAAGUCAAUUCCGGUUCGGCCUUCAGAAAAGCUCUCUUCAAAUUCCUUUACCAGUACAAAGUCAAGUGGAUACAGCGAGGCUACAAGACGCCCCUCAUUGACAAGUUGGUCUUCAAGAAGGUGGCUAAACUGAUGGGCGGCAAGGUGCGCAUCAUAAUGUCUGGCGGUGCGCCGCUCUCGGCGGACACACACGAACAGAUCAAGACCUGCCUGUGCGUGGACCUGAUUCAGGGCUAUGGAUUGACAGAGACCACAUCGGGAGCCACUGUGAUGCAUGAGAGAGACAUGACCUAUGGACGCACUGGUGGACCAUUGACCGUCUGCGACAUUCGUCUGGUCAACUGGGAGGAGGGAAACUAUCGCAUCACCAACAAGCCAUACCCGCAGGGCGAGGUGCUCAUCGGUGGCGACUGUGUGUCCCAGGGCUACUACAAACUGCCCGGCAAGACCAACGAGGAUUUCUUUGAGGAGGAUGGCAAACGCUGGUUCAAAACCGGCGACAUUGGCGAGGUGCAAACCGAUGGCGUACUUAAGAUAAUUGAUCGCAAGAAGGAUCUGGUUAAGCUGCAGGCCGGCGAAUACGUUUCUCUUGGCAAGGUCGAAUCGGAGCUGAAGACAUGCGGUAUCGUGGAGAACAUUUGCGUUUAUGGCGAUCCCACAAAGCAGUUCACCGUCGCGCUGGUCGUGCCAAAUCAGAAGCAUCUGGAGGAUCUGGCCGAGCGUCACGGCUUGCAGGACAAAACCUAUGAGGAGCUGUGCUCGUCGCCAGUCAUGGAGAAGGCCAUACUCAAGGAGAUUGCCGAUCAUUCGCGGAAAUGCAAAUUGCAAAAGUUCGAGGUGCCCGCCGCCAUUACGCUGUGCAAGGAGGUCUGGUCACCGGACAUGGGCUUGGUGACGGCUGCCUUUAAACUGAAGCGCAAGGAUAUCCAGGACAGAUAUCAGCAUGAUAUUAACCGCAUGUACGCCUCAUGAAAGUCAAUGUACUAAAUACCAACCAGCAGCAACAGCAACGACAACAAGAACAACAACAACCAGCAUUAUGAUAACUCGAGUGGAGGAGCUGCAACGAGUUGUGUACUGCACGCACGCCAGCCUAGUACCACUCCCACGCAGAGAGACACCAACGACACAACGAUAAGCAUGCAUACCAAAUCCGAAAACCAAAUUAGCUAAAGAACCAAAAGAUCUACAAGCUAUACCAGACACACGAGUCAAAUUCUGCAUGUAAAGAGGGUUUUAGUUUAUAUAUAUAUAUAUAUGUGUAUAUGUAUAUCGAUUGUAUUUUCUUUUAUUUUGCCAGAGUUAUUGCGAAUUAUACUUGUUCUUAGCCAAAUAAUAAAUGGGGAUUCCUGGAAGCUGAUGGGUUAGGUUUGGUAACAAAUGCUUUGUGUCGGUGCUCAGAAUGCUGAUGAUCAGAUUGACAAUGAAUAAAAAAUAAAAUGUAUGAUGACCGAAUGCCUAUGAUAAUGAUAAUGAUUAUAUUGAUGAAAAUUAUGAAUGAGAAUGAGAAGAUUGUGUAAUGUACAGUUUUCGGUUUUUAGUACACUUUGUGGCAAAAACAAUUUGCAUAACAAUACUUAUUUUUAUAGAAACACAUUAGAGUAAGCUUAAGUGGUUGCCUAUUAAUUAUGUACAUACAAAAUAUAAACACACACACACAUACAUGUUUAUAUGCAUAUAUACAUAUAUAUAUAUAUAUAUAUAUAUACACCUUAUAUAUAUAGUGUACUUCUUUAUUAUAAGUUCGAUGUAUGGAAAUCCUGAAAUAAUGAAUUGUAGCAAAAGCAAACAAAAACCUAAGCGACUUGAUUAUGAAUUAAUAUAUAAAAUGCAAAAACAUAAAAAAUAUAUAAAAACCAGCUAAAAACAAAAACAUUAAACACAUUUUCCUUGGCAAAAAGCUUUUCUAUGACGCAAGAAACACAUAUACACACACACACAAAAUGAUGCAAAAGUGGAACCCUCCAUAAACUAUUGUAAAACACACAAAUCAAAUGGUAAAAAGGUUACAAACGGUAAAUGUUAUAUAUAUUUUAGCUCAAUUUAGUUUAGAGAAAAGCAAAGGGCCACAACAAAUGUAUUUUAUGAAAUCCAUUUUGUCGAAAGCAAAAGCGAAAACUCAAAAUUCAAAUGCAACUAAUGAAAGACUUAGUACUAGAAAACAAAAAAAACAAACAAAGAUGAAGAAAAUAGCCCAACUGGGCUAACAACAAAAACAACGCCUAAGCUGUAAAGUAAAAGAAAAAGAAAACUCCACUUAUUUUAAAUGUACAAGAAGUUUUUGGAAUACACUUUAGUCAUAUUUUUAGUUAAACUAUAUUCGACAUAGGGGAACGUCUAGCAAUUUUUUGUGGGAAACGUUGCGUUUCUUAAAAAAAAACUUAUUUUAUUCAAACAAUUUGUUUGUAACUUUUACAAAGUGCUUGAGUGGUGGAUUGUUUCAUAAUUAACAUUAACGAUAUGUUCGUGUUAAAUAUGGAAUGCUACGAUGUUAAUAAAAAACAUUUUUAUGAUAUCUGGAUGAGUGGCAAGCAAAGCAAAAUAUUUAAGAAACUUUUCUACAUAUAAGUAUCAUUGCAUUAUUAUACUUUUGAUCGUAUCAAAUACUGAGAUAAUUCAAUAAAUACAAACAAUUUUUAGUUUUA